GUCUGGUGCUGGGUCCAGGUGCACACACAACAACACACAUCAGACACACACACACUCAAAACACACACACACCUCAAAAGACACAGGCAGCACCCCGGCCAAGGUGUGAAGAGGAGACGGAGUCAGCAGCUCCUGAACGGGAUUAUAAAGGGUGGAAAGGUUUAAGCAAUAACCAUGGCGGAUGAGCAGGAGGAAAACACAAGCGUUCCAGAUUAUGUGGAUGACGAGCACGUCGAACUCUGCUCUGCAUCAAACGUCAACCAAUUGGGCUCGGCCAUCAUUCCUUAUUUCUACUACAUCAACUUCCUCCUGAGUUACUUAGGCAACUGGCUUGUUUUGUUCAUCAUCGUCAAGCUUGAGAAGGUCAACAGCGUCACCAACAUCUUCCUCAUCAAUCUGGUCACCUCCAACAUCCUGUUUGCAUCCAGCUUCCCCUUCCUGGCCAAAUACCAUUCCUCAGAGUGGAUCUUCGGCACGGUGCUUUGCAAGUUGGUCAGCAGUGCCCAUCUGAUUGGUUUCUACAGUUCCAUCCUCUUCCUCACCCUGAUGACCUUUGACCGCUACCUGACCGUGGUGCACGCGGUGUCCGCUGCCAAGAGCAGGAAGAGGGCGUACGCCAUCGGGGCGUCGUUGAUCGUUUGGUUCAUCAGUGUGCUGGCCAGUCUCAAUGAGCUGGUGUUCAAAGGCGUGUGGAAGGACAGCGAGCAGGGCCUGAUGUGUGAGGAGACAGGAUACCACGCCGACGUCAUCAAACAGUGGAAUCUGGUCAGCUACUACAUGCAGUUCCUCCUCUUCUUCCUGCUGCCCCUCUUCAUGGUGAUGUACUGCUACACCUGCAUCACCGUGCGGAUCAUGUCCACUCGCAUGAGGGAGAAAUGGCGCUCGGUGAAGCUGAUAUUCACCAUCAUGUUCACCUUCUUCGUUUGCUGGACUCCCUAUAACAUCGUGAUCCUGCUGAAGGCCAUUCAGAUCUCCACAGCCGACGAUGCAAACCGGAAGUGCGAUCAGGUCGAGGCGUUGAACUAUGCGUUGUACGUGACCAGAAACAUAGCGUUCUUGUAUUGUUGCAUCAGCCCCAUGUUCUACUCCUUUGUGGGAAAGCGGUUUCAGAGUCACAUCAGGAAGCUGUUGUUGAAGAACAUGCCUUGUCUGGCACGUCACUUCAGACCCGCUAGUCUGAGCAGCAAGUCCACCUCACGAAGGACGUCCCACACAAACGACUUUUAACAUGCGGGAGACAAUUGACUUUGUUUGAAUUGGAUUAUUGGAUGGGAAAACGGGAAAUUUGAUUUGAUCAUUUUUAUUGUUUUGUCAGUUUUACAUUUAAAUGUAGUCAUGUAGCAUAUACCUUGUGAUGAAUACCUAAUAUUUAAUUGCAAUUAUGUAGCCCUCUCUUUUAAAGCACUCAAAGCGCUUUAAUCAGUUAGUUCUUUUAUUAAUAAUAAAUAUUAUUUAUAGAAAAAUGUCGUGCUAGAAAAAAGUGCUACAGAGAUUAAAAAAAAAAAGUUGUUAAAACAUAUAAUACAUAUACAGUAAAAGAUAAAUUAGCUAAAGGCUAAGAUAAGUCUUAAGGUUUAGUUUAAAAACAGCUGUAGUCUGUGGGGCCUUCAGGUGGUCAGGGAGGGCGUUCCAUAGUCUGGGGGCAGCAGCGGAGAAAGUCCGAUCGCCCACGGUGCGGAGGUUGGUCUUAGGUGGUCUGAGGGUGUGUGCUGAUGCACAGCGCCCGUGUAAAAAACAAAAAUAAUUGACAGCUGAACGUUAGGAAGGCCCAUGCAAGUGAAUGGAGCAGUCUACAGCAUUGAGAAGAGCCGUGUAAUAAGUAAGGGAUAAUGUACAAGAUGCCGGUCCUUAUCGAGAAAAUAAUGACCGGUGACGUCCUAUACAUUAUCCAGCUUAUUACACGGCUACGUGCCAAAACGAAAAGAUUACUUCACAUGGUGUGUCUUUUUACAAUUUAUUUGUUUCCAGCAUUCGUAGCGUUGAUCAGCAGAGAAAUAGUCAGCCAAAGACGUUGACGUCGCUUAGCAACCGAAGACGCUGUGGUUGAAAAGUUACCGGACUACUUGAGGAGUGUUACCAAAGACGUCAUUAUGGGCAAGAAGUCCUUUGUUUUCCUUGACAGCGGUCAAUUAUACUUAGCAAUGGUGAAUUAUCAAAUAUAAUUUACCGCCGGAAGCCGUGAAGAGCCCAUGCAAGUGAACAGAGCCUUCCACAGCAUUGAGAAGCCCCGUAGGUGGGUACAAAAUUAAUCUUGACGAAAUCUGGUGGGGACACGUCCCCGGCGUAAUGGACGCUUGCA